AAGAAUGUCUGCGCCCAUUUCAAAUAGUUUGAAUCAGGAAGCUUUACAUGUUUCUUUUCUUUUUGAAGCGUUUAUGUGAAUGCUGUAUCCAUUUGGCCUUUUGUGAUGUGUGUAAGUGAACAAGGCACUGUUUCCUGCAACUAAAGCUUAUGAUGUAUGACGAAGAAGCUUCCUCGAGUGAUUUGGAAGAAUAUCCUGGAAAAACAAGUUAUUCCAGAAGCCAUGAUCUUUUUGAAUCUAGCCAGAGAGACAGCACCCAAAGUGAGACAGAGCAGUCCUAUAACACUGCACCUUCCAAACGGUUACCAAGAGAGUCUAGAAGGCACAGACGCCACUUUGACAACGUUGACAUGAUGAUGUCACAGCAAAGCGGAGCCUUACCAGCAGACGUCCAGGAAGUAUACGCAGAGCUACAGGCCCUCGCUAACAAAUUGAGGAAUGAACACAAAAUUCUACAAGAGCGAGAAAUUAUCUUAAGAGAAAGGGAGCGUCUUGUUGUCCGUUCACAUGCCAACGUGAAGACAUACGCCCAGGAGGAGGUGAAUAAGAAAUGGGCUGUCAUAGAAGAGGAACAUAUAGCAGAAAUAUCAAAAAUGGAACAAAUAUUAAGGGAAAAAUCCAAGGAGAACAAGAGGUUAAAGGAUAACUUUGAAACCAUUAAACAAGCUAAUGAUUCCUUGAAGAAAGAGCUGGAAGGACUACAAGAGCAACACGAAAAGUUAGAAAAACAGACCGCUAGUUUGCAGGCCAGACUGGCAAAUUUACAGAGAAAACAGGAAUUUGUUGGACGACAAACGGUCGAAAAUAUUCCACCCACCACUAUCAGAUCCAAGCCACCAAGUGCUGUAGAGGCCAAAGAUGGCAAACAUUUGCUUCCAAAACCUAAGCUCCCUUCCAGCAUGCACGAUGUGACCUCUCUUUUAUUGGAUUGGGUUUCUGAGGUUCAUCUGAGACAUACAGCUCUAGGGCAGCCAACAGCUGAGAGCCAACUCCCUUCCAUACAAGACACACAGGAAAAGUGUUUUAAGGUUCUCCCUUCCUUGGUUGAAAUUUUGCGGGAUUUGCCUGCGAGCAAUGCUAGAGUGACAUUACCUUGCCUACAGUUUAUUUACUGGUCUUUGCUGCAUUUGGACAAGGCCCAAAGUCAACAGAAAUCCAACCUGUCCUCAACAUUAAGAAGAGUUGGAGAAGAACUGUACCGGCCAAAGUCAACAAGGCUUGGCUCCAGUGGAGAGCUGUCCUCUGAGAGGCCCCUGUCGCCAGUGAAGGCCGACAAAACCAAAGAUUUGGUAUUUUUCAGAAGUACCAGUCUCCAUGUACGACUGCUGUCAUGUCUGAUAAUUUUGAAGACCCUGUCACAAGUUGAUCACCUAGCACAUGUAUUUGAUGUACUGAAGAUGGACCUGAAGUCUGAAUCAGCAAAAGAAUUAUUUAUCCAUUACCGGGCAUCUCCAGUCAUAAUUUCCUUCUUUAAACCUGCAUCCAAGGCCCUGAUGACCUGUGCUAUGGACGUGUACCUGCAGAUGUCCAUGGAGUCUCUGAACCUGCAUCAAUUUCUGGAGAGUAUCAGCACAGAAUCCUGGUUCAGGGCCUGCUCUGUGAUACUCAGGGCCCCAAACCUGGAGAACAAGAUGGUGGAAAAACUCAGCAUUGUUCUGCAAAAGUUGUCAAAGAUAAAGAACAACAAGAAAUAUUUUGAAGUGUUCACCAUCACAGGGCUGGUUCAAGAGGCACUGAGAAGUUACGGGAAAGAUAAUGCAUUUUUGGCGAUGAACCUGAAGUCAAUUCUCUUGAACUUGAACAUGGCUGUAUAAGCAAACAUGGUCUUUCCGCAAUUGGACUGUUGUUUUAAGUGCGUCCGCUACAUAUCAGUCAUAUUCUGACGUUAAACGUAUUAUCCAGUAUAGAAAUGAAUGAAAGUCUGGAGACCUUUCUAAAUAUUGAGAAUUUAAAUAAUGAUCACUUAUUUCCAUAAUAAUAUUACCCUUUUAAUGUAUGUAAGUAAAGGUAUUAAAAUCAUUUCCUUUAUUGUAA